UUCACUCAUAGGUUUCACUGCUAUUGUUGUGUGAGUGUUUAUUUCAGCAAUAUCCAGCUGUGUUGGCGCACGUCGACUUCCGGCGUGGAAAUGUGACGCACCACUCGCAAAGGCACAAGGGAAGUGUUUAUAACAAGUUGGGACGCUCCAGCUGCACAAGAUGCACAACUGGCAGGAGAACGAAAUAGAGAAACUGUUGACGAUCCGUGCGUCGGAGCCGAUCCGUCACCUGAUCACGGGCACGGUGAAGGACUCGGUGGUCUACCAGAGGAUGAGCAAGCUGCUGGCGGAGAGGGGGGUCUACAGGACACACAUGCAGGUCAUCAGCAAGCUGAAGGCGCUGAGGAAGCAGUAUCUCAAAUAUCACCAGCUCAAGAUCCGCUGCGGGAGCGAACACGUUACCUGGCCGUUUUAUGAGCAGUGUCACCGGGCUUUCGGGACCGGGCCUCUGCCUGUGAAGAGACCCAGGAGUCCCUCACCUCCUCCCGCACGACCACCGCCCCCACAGCAGCUCUCUCCUCCUUCACCGCCGCAUCCGCCUCCUCCUCUUCCCAUCGACGACGAGCAUCAUGAGGUCGUGGUCGGCCUCUGGGACGACGUGGACGACAAAGAGAUCAACAAGCACCUUGGUCCAGUAGAGCCGGAUGAUGACGACGGGAGGUACAGUCCUCCAGAACAGUUACAGCCCACCAACACCACGUUCAAGCUUCCGUCAAAGAGAAGGAAAACCUCAGUGAUGGACCAAGUGUCGUCUUUAGUCAGAACGACAGUAUCGCAGCUCAAAGAGAUGGACGCGUCGAUGCAGGCGCAGGAGGAAGGACGGCUACAGAGGCUCAUGGAGCACGAGAAGGAAAUGCAGAACAAUCUGAUGUGUCAGCUGGUUUCCAUGCAUGAAAGGAUCAGCCGAGAGAACCACGAGAGACACGUGGAGCUGGUGGACAGGAUUCUCUCUAGGUUCCCCUCACAGCCAGGCCCUUCAGGUCAAUGACUGACACUUCCUGAGUGACAGUAUACAACAGGGUUUUUCAGGUUCUCUCUCCUCUACCAGCUGACUAGUGCCUAAGCCCACAUUCCUUUUUUUUAAUCUUUUGACAAAACACUCUGAAAAGGUGACGUGUAAUUCUCUGACAUCAUCUUGCCUUUAACCAUGACUCUGCUCACUUGUAGCUGAUAGAAAACCAGGUUUGAAACAUGCCAUGUCUUCUCUACAUCAUGCUCGGUCACUGCUCAUAACUUUAACCUAGAAACAUUUUAAUUGGGAACUGCUGUCAUGCGGAAAAGAAACACAAGUGCAGAGAAACGAUCAAUCACUUGUUUGACCUCUGCACGAUAGUCACAGUAGACCCACCAAGUCACUUCUGAUAUGAAUAUCCAAGAGCUAAUUGUUAGCUGCACUUACAUACAGACUGAAUCAUUGAACCAUGAUUGCAUUACAA